CGUAUGUAUAUAGGCAGAUAUUUUAUUAAAAUGGUGAUGCAUGCCUAUCAAAAGGUUUGUUUAUAUCUGCAAAGAAAGAUGAGCGAAAAUACUGACGAGACAACCACAAUCCCAGAAAAUACAACUGAAGCCAAUGGCGAAGGACAAAAACUAAUCGAGACAAAUAACAAGGAGAUGUCCACUAAAGAAGCGUACUUUGCCAGUCUCAGAGCAUGGGCUAAACAGGCAACAAUGACCCAGAACGCAACGGCCAUGUUUCCCUACUAUCUACUGGCUAAUUAUUAUCCGCAUUUGUUUCAAGCGCAGGGCUCAUCCAACUUGCCGUACAGCCAGGCUGCAUCGCAGGCUCAGGCAGCACCUAUCCAGCCAAAUGCUCCAGUCGCUGCAGUAGGGGCUGCUCGUCCGCACUUCAAUCGAUUUCGCAUGUUGGACGAGAUCCAACAACAGGAGAUAAUACAACGAGUCGGCGGGUACGAGUACGUGGUGGCUCCAUUUUGGAAGAGAGCUCUUGCCGAAGCCAUUGAUUUCAUUAUUUUGCUCCUGCUGAAGAUUAUUAUUACAUUUGCCAUUGUAAGCUUUCUGGACCUAAACAUGGGCUUUGAUAUCCACAAGGAUGUAAUUCGAAAAACGCUCGAUGACGAAGAUAUCCUAGCAAGCUUUUUCGACCUUUCAGUGGACUUCCUCACACUCUCGUCUGAUCUAAUACUAAUUGAGCUAAUGACUAAGUUAAUAGUUUGCUUCUAUGAGGCCAUCUGGACGGUUUGGUACAAUGGAGCAACGCCGGGGAAGGCUUUGAUGAAAAUCCGUAUACUCUAUGUGGAAGCUGUGGUGCCAUUGCAGGGGCAAGUAGUGCCGCAGUUUCUGUUUCAGGCGCAACGCGAACCUUUACGUGCCCUCCUCUAUCCCGCCGAGACGCCGACAUUGGUGAGAGCUUUCAUGCGAGCCCUAGCAAAGAAUCUAGUGAUGACGCUUUUGUUUCCCAUCUGUGUUGUUAUGGUAUUCUUCAAAAACAAUCGAACCGCCUAUGACAUCUUUGCAAAGACGGUUGUUGUGAUUGACAACCCGAAUGUGUUGCAUCGGCAGCCCCCACAGUAGAGGAUGCGGUAGGCGGUAGCAAUGAGAUUACGCCAAAUUGUGUAAAAACUAUACUAUAUACAAGUGUAAAUGUAAAAUCUUUUGUUAAUACUAAAAUAAAAUACUGUUAAAUCAAUGUAUAAUGGAAGAAGUA